GGUUUUUCUCACAGACUGUCAAUGAUCGCUGCGGGGAAUCCGCCAGAUUAAAUCAAAUGAGUCAACACAUGUUGAAUGAGAGGGGACGUUUCUACAUCAGUGAAAGUUCAGAGGAACCGCCGAAAACUAGAGGAACUUUGUGAAACUCACUUAAGUUUGUUUUUAAUUUCGGUGAAAGUGACGUCUGACCCAAGGUAAGCAUAGAAGUCUGUGUAUUUUCCCUUCAUCAUGACUGAGCCUGCUGAGCUGCUGCUCAUCAAGGACCAGUAUGAGCUGGCUUUUCAGUCUCUGAGCCGAGGGCUGGCAGCAGAAGAAGCCGGAAAUAAAGCAGAAGCCUUGGAGUAUUACAGGAAAGGUCACCAGCACCUUACACAUGGAGUGGAGGUCCCCACUGGUGGGGCGAGGCAGCACGGGGCGCCCUGGGACAAAGCCAGGCAGCUUCAGCAGAAGAUGAGGGACACGCUACGGACUGUCAACACCCAUCUAUCUGAUCUGGAGACCUCCCAGCCGAGGGCAGAGGCACAGAGAGGCCAGCUUCUAAAGGAUCUUCAGCCUCCCCAAAGCACACUUCACCACCUGUACCCCAGCAUACCCCCUACCAACCAGAGUACAACCCUAAUCCCCAAAACUCCCCCUCCCAGGCCUCCUUCCCCUACUGUUCCACAUACACACGCUCUCCCUGCAGUGGCGCCAGGAUCCACAGCCAUGGCAAACACAGGGGAACAACCUCCAGCAUACACACUGCAGCCAACAGCCGGCCAUCACAGCCUGGCUCAUAGUCCUGCUGUAGGCGGCCUCCAGACAGCAGGAGGAGAUGGACAUGAGCUGCUUUUUAUACCUACAGGGGUGCAGAUGUUUUUCGUGGCACCAAAUGGACAGGUCAGCGCCCUGUCUUCUCCAGGCUUCCUUCGUAUCAUUGCCUUUGACAACCAACAAAAGGAGAUCCCAUCAGGACGGCCUUCAGCUUUUCUACAUGUUUGUGACUGGCUGUACCCGGUGACAGCAGACACUCCAGUGCUGUUGGCUAACUCUGGGAUCUACAUGUUGCCUGACAGUCUGGCAGAGGCUCCAGGGUCCUAUGUUGGCAUCGUGCUGUCCUCUGAACUGCCCGCUGCUGACCGAGAGAUGUUCCAGGAUGUGCUAUCUCAGCUGGCUGACCUCAGGAUCCAGGGUCCAGAUGGGUCACAGGCAAUCAACCUGAGUGAGAAAAUCCCCCUUGGUACCCCAGCUGGUCAUACAGUGCUGACUGUGCCUGUAGAAAAACCACUUCCUGGAUGGAGUGAGAAGAUGGCACAAGGAAUCCUGUCAGGUGCUACAAAAUUAGGUCAAGAGUUUGUAAAAGGAGCAGAGGCCACUGGAAGGGCCAUUCAUAGAGGAGCAGCCAAGAUCCGAGACCAUAUCACACCUGAGGACACUCCCUCAGAGGUCAGCCCCCAUGUCACCAGGAGUCUUCACGUGGCUAAGCAAGCUACAGGGGGCGCUGUGCGGGUCAGCCAGUUUUUGGUCAAUGGAGUGAGUUCAGUGGCAGGACAUGUGGCAGAGAAGGUGGCUCCCCAUGUGAAAAAACAUGGUGCUAAGCUGGUCCCAGAGUCUAUGAAGAAGGGCAAAGAUGGCAAAGCUUCCAAUUUGGAUGGAGCCAAGCAUGUGGCAGUCAGCAGUGUUCAAGGUUUCUCAACGAUUUGGACCAGUCUGGAAACCGGAGCAAAGCUUAUUGGCAAAAGUGUUGCAGCAGAGACAGUCACAACUGUGACAUACAAAUUCAGGGGCUUAGAGAAUCUAUUAAACAAGUCCAGGAACAUAUGACGGCACUGGGGAGUAAAGGCAAAGACUUUAACUAACAUUUCACCCUGCUUGAUGUACAUUUUUUCAUUAACCAAGAGCAAGCCAGAAAAUAACCCUCAUUAAGAUCUUUACCAAAUCUUACCCAAAUGUUUGCACAUAUUUUGACAUUAAUCUGACUGAUUAGUUUCUAUCUGGACAUUUAAGUGUGUUUUGGGUUGUUUUUUUUGACUUGGUACAUUUUAAGUCUUUGUUCUGUUUUGGAUUUUCUGGGUCUCUCUGCAGGUAUGUUUAACUGAAGCUAAGUGUCUGCUUGUGUUGGGUGGUGCUGCUCUUGCUUUUCUGGUUUCUUGCCAAUAAAAGUAAAUGAAAACAUCCCAUUACACCAGAGUUUCAGUUUCUUAUCAAAUAUU